AUGCGGCUUUCCAUGAUCUCUCUCGUCGUUGUUUCUAGUGCCGUCGCUUUUGUGUAUGCUUCGGACUCGUGCGACAUGGGCACCAUUCAGAGCACCCUGCUCUUGAAUGGGACAACUUGGCACGAUAAUUGUGCGUCGGCUACUGGUAUGGACGUGUUUGCAAUGAUCACGUUACCGACUAAAGCGGAGGCCCAAAACAUUUUCCAGUCGCGUGAUUGUGUCAACUACUUGAAUCAGCUCAGCCAGCAGGCCAAUACGCAGAUUCAGUGUGAGAUGCAGUCAAGCAACAAGACCGAUUUCAGCUCGGGCAGCAUGUCCGGAAGCGCCUCGCUUUCCCCCAGUGACUUUGCCUCUGUCAGUAAUUCCUCUUCAGGUAGCGAAUCGGGCCUGGACAGCAUCGCCGAGCCUGACAGCAGCAUCGUCGAGCCUGGCAGCAGCAUUGCCGAGCCUGACAGCAGCGCAAGCAUCUCCGUUACCGCUUCUUUUACUGUUGUCGCGACUACGGUGACCGCCGUGCUCAGUUUUGCACUGUAG